GUGGGUUAUACCCAUUGUUAUUUCCACCUUACACUGCUCCUGAGCCCAUGCUCCUCAGCAGGAUGCUGAAGGAAGAGAAGGAAAAGGCGACCUGGAGCUCCUCUUGGUGCUGACAUGAUGACAGUGUGCAGGCCGGCCAAGGGCAGCCACAGCCAGACUGAAAACCUGAGCUACAAAUUGGCUGACAAGGUCAAGGUGGAAGGUGCAGAGGCUGGGGCGGACCCUGGAAGGCCACGUGGGUCCUCCAUUCCUUCCGCAGAGACAGGUGAGGAUUCACCCCCCAGAAGGAGCUCCCUGGAAAGUCUCGAUCACCUGAUGCUGGAGUCAAGAGGGGACUGUUUUCCGCAGAACAUGUUCGGCUCAAAUAUGAUCAUCAGCGACCCAGCUUCGGAUCUCCGCGCUGAAGAAGCCAGCAAGGCCGGCAAGAGGCAGCCGGGCGGCGGUGAGCACCCCUGCCCUGCCGCCCGAGGGGGGGCCCCGCCCAAGCCCCUCAGCAUAAGGGACAAGAUAUCGGAAUGGGAAGGGAGACGGGAGCUGCCCGCUCCUGCCCCGGGCAGGAAAGCCGACGGGCAAGAGGAUGAGCUGCCGACCUGUGUGCUGGGGAGGCGAAGCAGCGAUGCCGUGAGAGCGUGGGUCACGGAGGCUCAGGAUGGAGCCAGGCCGGAAGCAGAGAGCAAGGAGAAUGAGAGGAAUUCAGGGGUCGUGAAAUUCGGGGGACAGGCUGCAGAGCCCAGGCAAGACCUCGGCCAGCCCGGCUGGGGCAGAGGCCGCGAGGCGCGGCCUGGCAAACAGCGCUUCCCCAGCGACAGCCUGUCGGUGCUGCGGCAGGUGGAGAAACUGGAGCAGGCUCUGAAGGACGGGUCGGCAGGGCUGGACCCCCAGCCACCGGGGACUUGUUACUCCCCCCACUGCCUGCCGGACAAGGCUGAGGAGGGGCCCGCCCUUCCUGAGAACCUAGGGGGCGGACGUGGCCCCGACCUCAGGCCCCACCACUGGGACCCCGAGGCCAGGGACCUCGCCCCUGAGGCUGCGGAGGAGAGGAGAGGAUCCUGCCGGAGGCCCUGCGACCGGAGCCUGGAGAGUGUGGACAGGGGCUCGGAGGGAGCCCCCGCCAGACCCUUCAUCAACCCCCUGCCCAAACCCCGGAGAACAUUCAAACACGACGGAGAAGGGGACAAGGACGGGAACCCGGGCUCCAGGAGGGAUAAGAGGCACCUGCCGCCUCUGCCUUCUCUACCUCCCCCGCCCCUGCCGUCCUCUCCCCCGCCCUCCUCUGUGAACAGAAGACUGUGGACCGGAAGACCGAAACCCAGCGCUGACCACAGAAAGUCCUAUGAGUUUGAAGACUUACUGCAAUCCUCCUGUGAGAACAGCAGGGCGGACUGGUAUGCACAGACCAAGUUGGGGCUCACACGCACUUUAUCGGAGGAGAACGUCUACGAAGACAUUCUAGAUCCACCAAUGAAGGAAAACCCUUAUGAGGACGUUGAGUUACAUGGUCGCUGCCUGGGGAAGAAGUGUGUCUUGAACUUUCCUGGUUCUCCCACUUCUUCCAUUCCUGACACACCCUCCAAGCAGUCAUUGUCCAAACCUGCUUUUUUCCGGCAAAAUUCAGAGAGGAGGAACUUCAAACUUCUGGACACUAGGAAGCUGAGUCGGGAUGGAUAUGGGUCCCCUUCCAAAAUCAGCCCCCCCUCCACCCCCAGCAGCCCCGAUGACACUUUCUUUAACCUUGGAGAUCCGCAGAAUGGCAGGAAGAAGAGAAAGAUACCCAAGUUGGUAUUGCGAAUCAAUGCCAUUUAUGAAGCCCGGAGAGGAAAGAAACGUGUGAAGAGGCUGUCCCAGUCAACCGAGAGCAACUCAGGAAAAGUGACGGACGAGAACAGUGAGUCUGACAGUGACACCGAGGAGAAGCUGAAAGCUCACAGUCAGCGCCUGGUCCAUGUGAAGUCACGCCUGAAGCAGGCGCCCAGGUACCCGUCCCUGGACCAGGAGCUCAUGGAGUACCAGCAGAGGCAGCUGUUCGAGUACUUCGUGGUCGUGUCCCUGCAUAAGAAGCAGGCCGGGGCCGCGUACGUGCCAGAACUCACCCAGCAGUUCCCGCUCAAGUUGGAAAGGUCUUUCAAGUUCAUGAGAGAGGCUGAGGACCAGCUGAAGGCCAUCCCCCAAUUCUGUUUCCCUGAUGCCAAGGAUUGGACUCCUGUCCAGCAGUUUACCAGCGAAACCUUCUCGUUCGUCUUAACUGGAGAAGAUGGGAGCCGGAGGUUCGGUUACUGCCGAAGACUGCUGCCUGGUGGCAAAGGGAAGCGUCUCCCUGAGGUUUACUGCAUCGUGAGCCGCCUAGGAUGCUUCAGCCUCUUCUCAAAGAUCUUGGAUGAGGUGGAAAAACGGCGAGGCAUCUCUCCCGCCCUGGUACAGCCCCUCAUGCGGAGCGUCAUGGAGGCCCCGUUCCCAGCACUGGGCAAGACCAUCGUUGUCAAGAACUUCCUGCCAGGAUCAGGAACUGAGGUGAUUGAGCUGUGCCGCCCGCUCGACUCCCGGCUCGAACACGUAGACUUUGAGUCUCUCUUCUCCUCUCUCAGCGUCCGCCACCUGCUCUGUGUUUUUGCUUCCCUGCUUCUGGAAAGGAGGGUCAUCUUCAUCGCAGACAAGCUCAGCACGCUGUCCAAGUGCGGCCACGCGAUGGUGGCCGCCAUCUACCCGUUCACCUGGCAGCACACCUACAUCCCCGUGCUGCCCCCCGCCAUGAUCGACAUCGUGUGCUCGCCCACCCCCUUCCUCAUCGGGCUGCUCACCAGCUCGCUGCCGCUGCUCAGGGAGCUGCCGCUGGAAGAGGUGCUUGUGGUCGACCUGGUCAACAAUCGGUUCCUCAGACAGAUGGAUGACGAGGACUCCAUUCUCCCCAGGAAGCUGCAGGUGGCCCUGGAGCACAUUCUGGAGCAGAGGAAUGACCUGGCCAGUGAGCAGGAGGACGGGCCCCCAGACUGCAAGCGUGGCCCGGAGUCCAGCCCCUUGAACGAGGUGGUGUCCGAAGCCUUCGUCCGCUUCUUCGUGGAGGUCGUGGGCCAUUACUCCCUGUUCCUGACGCCGGGCGAGCGCGAGGAGAGGACCCUGCAGCGGGAGGCCUUCCGCAAGGCCGUGUCCUCCAAGAGCCUGCGCCGCUUCCUGGAGGUGUUCAUGGAGACCCAGACCUUCCGGGGCUUCAUCCAGGAGCGGGAGCUGCGCCGGCAGGACGCCAAAGGUCUGUUUGAGGUCCGAGCCCAGGAGUACCUGGAAACACUCCCCAGUGGAGAGCACAGCGGUGUCAAUAAGUUCCUGAAGGGACUCGGUAAUAAAAUGAAGUUUCUCCACAAGAAAUAACCUCCGGCUCCUCUUCGAGGGGCAACUUCCUCCUAAGUGCAAGCACAUUUUUAAAACACAGGCCCAGUGGCCUUUCUGAAACGCUGGGUCCUGCUUGUCCCAAGUGCUGGAUGAAGGGCAGGACGGUUUCUGCUGCCACACGGCCGCCCCAGGACCCCAGGCCCGAGAGCCGUGCCGCAAGGUGCUGCCUUUCCGGGACAGCCCUGCCAAGGGGACUCGGGACCAGGCGUGUCACCGACAUUCACAGGGAUUGUUUGGGUUGUUGGGUUUGGGAUUUUUUUUUAUAUAUUUUUAAUCUUAGGUAUUAAAAGAAAGAAAAGUA